UAAAAUAGUUUGCAUGGCAGGCAAAAAGAGAACUAGAGCUCAAGUAUCUAAGGCAAAAACAACUAAGGCAGCGCCGAAAGCUACAAAAAAAGCAGCAAAGACUACCAAAGCUGCAGCAGCAACUAAAACUAAGAAGAGAGAUACUAAAGCUGCUCAAAAAGAUGAUGAUAAGAUUGAACAAAGAAACUUAGUUAUGACUAAUGGAGUUCCUGUUGAUCAUAAGAUUCCAAGUGCAUCAUCUUACGAAGUUGUCAUGGGUGGAUCUGGCCCUCUAAAUGCUAACUUGAUGUUUGCAGACUGCGGUCACAACAACAAUAAGUUCUACAUCAUCCAAGGACUCAAAACUGGCUCCAACUAUUACCUCUGGAGCAGAUGGGGACGAGUUGGAGUAGACGGCCAAAUUGGAAAGCUUCUCUGUAGAGAUCUGGCUCACCUUACUAGUGAGUUCAACAAGAAGAGAAGCUCUAAAGUCAAGAAAGGAUACACAGAAAUUGAAAUUGACUACGAAGAAGAAUCUAAAGAAGAACAGCCUAAAAAGAAAUCCAAGAAAAAGCAGAAUGAUUCUACCUUAGACAAGUCUGUGCAGGACCUCAUCAACUUCAUAUUUGAUAUGAAACUGAUCGAGAAAAGUGUGGUAAAGAUCGGACUCAAUGUCAAGAAGCUUCCACUCGGCAAACUUUCUGAAGCCACUCUCAAAGAAGGAUACUCGUAUCUUAAAAAGAUCGAGAAUGAACUUGCGAAGAAGAAAUCCAACUCCAGCAAGUUGAGUGAGCUCAGCUCAGAAUUCUACAGACACAUUCCACACGAUUUUGGAUUUAAACCAAUGAGUCAGUUCAUAAUCAAGACACAAGAGAUGCUCAAAGAGAAGCUAGGCCUUGUGGAGUCAUUGCGUGACAUCAAGAUUGCUGCAGAGAUCAACAAACAAGCCGAGAACAGUGACUCAAUGUUGAGCCAGAUAGACCAGAAGUACCAAAAGAUGAAUUGCAAAAUUGAGCCUUUCACAAAGAAAGAUAAGCACUAUAAAGACAUCACCUCAACGCUGACGACUGCUGGAUAUGGGAAUCUUCAGAUAAUUGACUCAUUUAAAGUUGCAAGAGAUGGAGAGUCUAAGAAAUUCAAGAAAAAUAUUGGCAACAGAAAAUUGUUGUGGCAUGGAUCUGGAUUUGCAAAUUGGGGAGGUAUCCUAUCACAAGGUCUCAGAAUUGCUCCGCCUGAAGCUCCUUGUGCAGGAUACAACUUCGGUAAAGGAAUUUACUUUGCAGAUAUUAUCAGCAAGUCAAUUCCUUACACAAGAUAUUACUCUUCAAACAAUACUUGCAUCCUAGCUCUAUGCGAUGUGGCUUGUGGAACACAGAGAGAGCUUACCAGUUCUUCAUACAAUGCAAUGAAUCUUCCAAAAGGAACCCAUUCCACUUUUGCUGUUGGAAGUAGAGAAGCUUCAAAGCAAGUCAAAGUUGAUGGAUCAAUGGCUCAGAUCGGACCAUUCAAUCAAACACCACGCUCUCCAAGCUGGGGGAGCUAUAGCGAGUACAUUGUGUAUGAUGUUGACCAAGUGGAGAUCAAAUACUUGUUCAAGUGCAAAGUUGCCUAAGAUCCAUAAUUUAAUCAGAAAUUACCAGAAUUUGGGGUUUUGG